AUGAGUAAACCGUGAGUAAUUCUUAUAUUAUUUUUAACAAAUUAUAAAUGUAAAUUAUAAAAAAAUUUAAAUAAUUAUUUUUAGUAAGUUCCGAUAAUGUGGUUUAUAUAACGACUUUUAUUUAAGUUAAUUUUAAUAAACAAUUAAUCGAUCGAAUAAUCAUUUAAAGAAGUAAGAAACAUAGAUAAUAUAAAUGUUAUAUUGAAAUCAAUUUAGAAAAUAUUUUUUUAUUUAUAUGUAUUGUAAUAAAUAUAUAACAUAUAAUGUAAAAUAACAUAGUGUAAAAUAUACAAUUUUAAAUAAUUCCUAGUAUAAUAAACAUUUUCAUUUAUAGAGUUGCUGAUAUUGCCCUUAUUGGGCUGGCUGUUAUGGGUCAGAAUUUGAUUCUAAAUAUGAAUGAUCAUGGAUUUGUCGUGUGCGCUUAUAAUCGUACAACAGAUAAAGUUAAAUCCUUUUUAGAAAAUGAAGCAAAAGGCACAAAAAUUAUUGGUGCAUAUACAUUGAAAGAAAUGGUAGACAAAUUAAAAUCACCAAAAAGAGUAAUGCUUUUGGUAAAAGCUGGUGCAGCUGUUGAUGCAUUUAUUGAACAAUUAGUACCUUUAUUAUCUCCUGGAGAUAUUAUUAUUGAUGGUGGUAAUUCAGAAUAUCAAGAUACUGAUAGACGAACCAAAGAAUUAGAAAAAAAAGGAAUUUUAUUUGUCGGUAGUGGUGUUAGUGGAGGUGAAGAUGGUGCUAGAUAUGGACCGUCUUUGAUGCCAGGUGGAAAUCCUAAAGCUUGGCCGCAUAUUAAACAAAUCUUCCAGUCAAUCUGUGCAAAAGUCAAUGGAGAACCUUGUUGCGAUUGGGUCGGAGAAACAGGUGCAGGUCAUUUUGUAAAAAUGGUACACAAUGGUAUUGAGUAUGGUGAUAUGCAACUUAUUUGCGAAGCAUAUCACAUUAUGAGAAAUGGUUUAAAACUUAAUGCAGAAGAGAUGAGUCAAACCUUUGAUGAUUGGAAUAAAGGAGAACUUGAUUCAUUUUUGAUUGAAAUUACUAGAGAUAUCCUUAAAUACAAAGAUGAGAAAGGAUAUUUAUUAGAGCGAAUUAGGGAUACAGCUGGUCAAAAAGGAACUGGAAAAUGGACAGCUAUUGCAGCGUUAGAUUAUGGAGUACCUGUAACUCUAAUAGGAGAAUCAGUCUUUGCUAGGUGUCUUUCUGCUUUACAAGGUGAAAGAAUAGAAGCAAGCGCAGUGUUGAAAGGACCUGAUGCUACAUAUCAAGGCGAUAAAAAACAAUUCCUAGAACAUUUAAAAAAAGCUCUUUAUGCCUCCAAAAUUAUUUCUUAUGCACAAGGAUUUAUGUUAUUAAGAGAAGCUGCCAAAAUUUUCAAUUGGAAUUUGAAUUAUGGUGGAAUAGCUCUUAUGUGGAGAGGAGGAUGUAUUAUAAGAAGUGCAUUUUUGGGAAAUAUAAAAAUAGCAUUUGAAAAGAAUCCAAAACUUUCCAAUUUAUUAUUGGAUGAUUUCUUUGCUAAUGCAAUGAAGGAAUGUCAAGCUAGCGCUAGGGUAGUAGUAUCUACAGCUGUAACAUUAGGCAUACCAACUCCUGCACUAUCAACAGCUUUAGCCUUCUAUGAUGGUUAUAGAACUGCUCGACUUCCAGCAAAUUUACUUCAAGCUCAGCGGGAUUAUUUUGGAGCUCACACUUAUGAAUUACUUGGUCAAGAAGGAAAAUUUGUCCAUACUAAUUGGACUGGACAUGGUGGAAAUGUAUCUGCAUCUACAUACGAUGUAUAAUUGUCAAUUUUAUGGUAAUAAAAUGUAAAUACAUACAGAUAAAGUUAAUGUUUAUAAAUUAAUGGUUGAUAAAUCUAACAGUGGUUGUGUAAAAAUGUCGAAAUGUUUUGUUUAAAAAGUUAUAAAUUUAUUAAAAAAAUUUCAUAUUUAUCUCUGUGUAAGAAUUAUUUACUUUUCCUUAACUAAAUUAACUGAUAUGUUAAAUAAAGUUAUUGUUUAUUUUUAAUUUUUUUAAUUUUGUAUAAUAUAAGCAUUAUAUAUAUGUACAUAAGUGCGUUUGAAAAGAAUGUAUUUAUAUAUAUGUAUGUAUGUAUAUCAAUAUAUAUGAAAAGAAUGUAUAUUUAGCCAGGAAAUGAAAACAGUAAUAAUAUAUGGUUACCUACAUAUCUCUUUCAUAUAAGAAAGUUUGUAUUAUGAGAAAAUAAUAGAGCAUAUCUUAUGAAGUCGUUCAACACUUUUGUUAAAUCAAUGUGAAAGUAUUUAGUCUAACCUAUCCGUUGUUAAAAAAAUUACUAUUACUAUUACUAUUGCUAUACUAUACAUUCUCAAAUAUUGCUAUUUUAAAUAUUAAUAUUUUUAAUUAAGAAAUAAUUAAGAAAUUAAAAAUUUAAUUAUUUAGACUUACAAUACAAUGAUAUUAACUAAAAUGGAAAUCUAA